ACAAGGUUUCAAUGCGAAGGGAGACUUGAUGAAGUUUAUAAAUGCUGUGAGGACCAUCAAUCUGCUAGCAUAACUUGCAAACUAGAAAAUUUGAUAAAAAGAAGUGAAAUGGCCGACGUGGUAAUUUCUUUUGCUGUACGAAACACACUACCAAUACUACAGGAAAAGCUGCGAGAGGCGGGAGAAGCUGAGGCCGAGGUUGAGAACAUCAGAUAUGAGUUGGAUCGAAUGACGGCAUUUCUCAAAGAUGCUGAUAGUGUCAUGGGGGAUAGGGACGAGAGGAAGGAAAAUUGGGUCAAAGAAGUUCGCAAUGUUGCAUACGACACUGAAGAUGUUCUCGACAGAUUUGUACUCGUGAUGAAGAAAAAUAAGGGCAGUGGGUGGUCCAAUACUGUUCAUAAUUUUUUAAAUUGCGCCCUAAAUAUAAGAUUCCUUUCUGAGAUUUUUUCUGAUAUCAAAAGCAUUAAUACUCGUGUCAACAGUAUUAAAGACGGAUGUCAGAGAUAUAUUGAUCUUCCAGGAGGUUCAAAUUCAAAUGUUGAUGCCAGCAUUGACCUUGCAAAUGAUACUAGAUGUGAUGCCCUUUGGGAAGAAGCUGAUCUUGUGGGAAUUGAGGGACCUAAAAGCGAGUUAAUGAGAUUGGUCAUGGAAGGUGGUUUAGAUCUGCGUGUAAUUUCAGUGGUAGGAACGGUAGGUGUGGGGAAAUCAGCUCUUGUUAAGAAAGUGUAUGAUGAUCCAGCAGUGAAGAAGAGCUUCAAAAGUCACGCUUGCGUAGCUGUCCCUCAAGCCCUUUCCGACAAAACAAAUAUUGAAGAGCUUUUAGAGGACUUGGUUAAGCAACUCUAUCGUGAAACCAAGGGAGCAGUCCCUCCUGAAAUGAACACCAAGAAUAAAAAUCAUCUGAAGGCGGGGAUUUACCGAUUCUUACGAAAAACAAGGUAUGUGAUUGUAUUUGACGAUGUACGGAGCACCCUAGAAUGGGACGCUAUUAAAAGUGCAUUUCCUGACAACUCUAAUGGCAGUCGUUUAAUUGUAACAACACGUGAUAAUGCUGUAGCUUCCUAUUCUAGUGAAAUGGAAGAGAAUAUAUAUAGGCUGCAUCCCCUGACUCAAGAGCAAUCUUUGACACUGUUUUGUCAAAAGGCGUUUCAAGGGAGACCGUGUCCUUCCAAUCUGGAGGAAAUUACUAAUAAUAUCUUAGAGAGAUGUGGUGGGCUGCCGCUUGCUAUCAAGUCUGUUGGUGGAACUCUGGCCACAAAGAGCAGCAGAUCGGAAUGGGAGACGGUUUAUCAAAGUCUUGGAGCUGAAAUGGAAGGCACUAAAACACUUAAUACGAUCUUGCUGCUUAGCUUCAAUGAUUUGCCUUACCAUCUAAAAUACUGUUUGUUAUAUAUGGCCAUAUAUCCAGAAUAUUACUUGAUAAAGUAUAACUCCUUGAUUCGCCUAUGGAUAGUGGAAGGUUUCGUGAAUGAAAAAGGAGGACAAACAGUGGAACAAGUUGCUCAAGGCUACCUAAAGGAACUUGCCAACAAAAACUUGAUCCGAGUGGUGAAGCGUAAAGAGAAUGGAAACAUAAAAUCUUGCCGCAUAAAUUACUUUCUCAGGGGGAAUCUUCUAGAAAGAGCAAAACGUCAGAGUUUCUUGAUGACAGUCGGCAAAAAUUCCAAUGGUCUAUGGGACAAAAACGCUCGUCGGUUAGCAAUCCAUGGCCAUUGGGAAAACUUUAAUCCUCAAAUGUCUGGCUAUGAGGGCUAUGUUGCACAUUCAAAUGCUCCAAUCGAGAAGAUUCUAGGUUUCAAGCUACCGAAUGGAAUCGAAGCUCUAAACUGUUUAUACCAACUGGCUUUCAUUGAGGCAAUCCCUGGCACAAUAGAAGAGAUAGGGAACAUAAAAGCACUGAGAAGGCUUUUUAUAUUCAAAUUGGGAAGAGAGCAUGGAAGGAUGGUCUGCUCAUCCAUUGAAAAGCUCCAAAAUCUUCAAUCAUUAGCCUUGUUUCCAAAAACAGAAAAUGAGAUCCUUGACUUGGAUCACAUUUCAUCCCCUCCUGCAUCCCUUCAGGAGCUCUCUAUGUCAGGACGUCUAGAAAAAUUUCCGCAUUGGAUAAAAUCUCUCAAUAACUUGGUUAAAGUUUAUUUCAGGUGGAGUCAGUUACAAGAUGAUCCACUUCAGUAUCUCCAAGAUUUGCCAAGCUUGGUCCGUCUUGAAAUUUUUGAUGGAUAUGUUGGUGAAGAACUAUGUUUCAAGGCGGGAAAGUUUCUAAGUCUUCAAAAGUUAUAUCUUGACAAGUUUGAACCUCUAAAACAGGUGAUAAUUGAGAAGGGGGCAAUGCCAAAUCUGAGAAGGAUAAAGAUUCAGCGGUGCAAAUAUCUGGAGAGGGUUCCAUAUGGUAUUGAAUGCCUUACCAAGAUGGAAGUUCUUAAACUUUUCUACAUGAGUCCACAGUUCAUUGACAAACUGUCUCAUGAAGAUAACCAUAAAGUUGCACACAUUCCGAAAGUACUGAAGGAUGAUGCCGAGAAAAUGGAUGAUGAUUGA